AUGCACCCUAAAGCUUACAAACCACAACUUGAAGACAAUAACUAUGCACCCAAGUUCGAAGCUUACAAGCCACAACCUGAAGACAAUAACUAUGCACCCAAGCCUGAAACUAACAAGCCACAACCCAAAGAUAACGCCUAUGCACCCAAGCCUGAAGCUGACAAGCCGCAGUUCAAAGAUAACGGCUAUGCACCGAAGCCAGAAGAUGACAACCCACAACCUGAAGAUAAUGGCUAUGUACCCAAGCCAGAGGCUUACAAGCCACAACCUAAAGAUGACAACUAUGUACCCACGCCUAAAGCUGACAAGCUACAAUCCUACAAUAACGGCGAUGCACCUAAGGUUGAAGUUUAUAAGUCACAAUCCAAAGAUAAUGGCUAUGCUCCCAAACUAGAAGAUAACGACUAUGCACUAGAGUUUGAAGCUUAUAAGCUACAAUCGGAAGAAAAUGAUUAUGUGGCCAAGUCCGAAGCUUACAAGCCACAACCCGAAGACAACACCUAUGCACCCAGGCCUGAAGCUUAUAAGCCACAACCCAAAGACAACGCCUCUGCACUCAAGCCUAAAGCUUACAAGUCACUCUUAAUUUUUAACAAAUUCAUGAUCUAA